CACUUCACUUCAUAAACCCAGUCUCUCUCUCUCUCUCUCUCUCUCUCUAGCCAUGGCGAUGGUGAGACGAAACCCUAAUCUGCUCUCUCUCAUUGUAGUACUCUCUCUCCUCUCGAUCGCAUACGGAAAAGUCUUCUUCGAAGAACGUUUCGACGAUGGAUGGGAUAAAAGAUGGGUUAAAUCUGACUGGAAGAAGGAUGAGAAAAUGGCUGGUGAGUGGAAUCACACUUCGGGCAAAUGGAAUGGAGACCCUAAUGAUAAAGGUAUCCAGACCAGUGAAGAUUAUAGGUUCUAUGCCAUUUCAGCUGAGUUUCCCGAGUUUAGCAACAAGGAUAAGACAUUGGUCUUCCAAUUUUCUGUUAAGCAUGAACAGAAGCUUGACUGUGGUGGUGGCUACAUGAAGUUGCUUAGUGGUGAUAUUGAUCAGAAGAAAUUUGGUGGUGAUUCCCCAUACAGUAUUAUGUUUGGACCGGAUAUCUGUGGCUAUACUACCAAAAAGGUCCAUGCUAUUCUUACCUAUAAUGGGACGAAUCAGUUGAUCAAGAAGGAUGUUCCAUGUGAGACUGACCAGUUGACUCAUGUUUACACAUUCAUCCUCCGCCCUGAUGCUACCUAUAGCAUCCUUAUUGAUAAUGUGGAGAAGCAAACCGGUAGUCUGUACUCUGACUGGAGUCUUCUCCCACCAAAGAAGAUCAAGGAUCCAGAGGCCAAGAAACCUGAAGAUUGGGAUGACAAAGAAUACAUUCCUGAUCCUGAAGAUAAGAAGCCAGAGGGAUAUGAUGACAUUCCAAAGGAGAUACCAGAUACUGAUGCCAAGAAGCCAGAAGACUGGGAUGAUGAGGAAGAUGGCGAGUGGACACCCCCAACUAUUGCAAACCCUGAUUACAAGGGUCCAUGGACGCAAAAGAAAAUUAAGAAUCCCAACUACAAGGGAAAAUGGAAGGCACCCAUGAUUGACAAUCCAGACUUCAAAGAUGACCCAGAUCUAUAUGUUUUCCCAAAAUUGAAAUACGUAGGCAUUGAGCUAUGGCAGGUAAAAACUGGAACCUUGUUUGACAAUGUCUUGAUUUGUGACGACCCGGAUUAUGCGAAGCAGCUGGCAGAAGAAACAUGGGGCAAGCACAAGGAUGCUGAGAAGGCAGCGUUUGAUGAAGCAGAGAAGAAGAAAGAGGAAGAGGAAUCGAAGGAGGAUCCAGUUGAUUCUGAUGCUGAGGAUGAAGAUGAUGCCGCCGAUGCAGAUGAUGGAGACAAAUCAGACAAGAAAGAUGGUGCAGACAGCGACGACGAUGAUGAUAAGCAUGAUGAAUUGUAAGUUGAGGUGAGCACUCUGCGAUGUUCAUCUACUGACAAUUCGAUUCGAUUAAGUUUGGGCAAAGGCUCUCAAAAAUUUUCCCCCUUCUAUUUGAAUUUUUAGCUGUAGUCUUUACUAGUAGGGAAAGAAACAUCUGGAGGCUGCAUGCAGAAAAUGUGGACUUUAAUGAGCAUUUGAACAAAGGGAAACCUGUCCCAUUUUUUGUUCAAACAUUUUAUAAAAUAGUUUGGAAUUUUAAUUA